AUGGGUGCCCAGGAAAGUGUCAACAAACGACGAGAUGAGGAUAUUGUUGUAGAUGAUGAAGUUCCUAGAAAUGCAGCGGCAUUUAAGCUUUGGACCCAUAUUUAUCCAGCUUUACGAAACAAGAGAGUUCCUUGCACGGUUUUCCUAAGGAAGUUGGAAGGCGCUGAUGGUGCGCUGAAAUACUUUGAGAAUGGUAUUAAGCUUUUGAAGCAGCUAAAACAUCCAAAUAUUGUGAAAUUCUUAGAAGGUGCAUGCUCAGUAAGCGACGUUUCGUUAAUCACAGAACGCGUUGAGAUGCUCGAUCUCUCUGUGAGGUCCAUGUCUAUCGUGGAGAUACAAUGUGGAUUACAUCAUAUCUUAGAAGCUCUACUGUUCCUUCACAGCAAAGCCUCACUCUCUCACAACAACAUCUCUCCCGGUUGCAUUUUUGUAUGCAAUAAUGGGGAGUGGAAGCUAGGAGGGUUCGAGUUCACAUCUUCACCUAACCUCAUUUCUGAAAUUACUGAAAGCAAGUUUUUCAAGUCAGGAACAUUGCCGGAGUUUGCGCCGACAAAGGAAUCGAAUGUCUCAGCCCAACAGUUUGCAAAUGAUACUUUUGGUUUUGGUAAACUUAUUGAAUAUGUACUUCUUGACUUCAGUGAUGAAGCUGUCAAGCUUUCAUUAUCCGCUAUGCUUGAUCAUCCCGCCCUCAAGAAUGAUUUAACUGAAUUAAUCAACUUUUGCAGUACCAUUCAGCUGCGAGAGAGUGAGGAAAAACAGGAUUUUUAUGAAAUUGGUUUACUUAGAACUAUUUUAUUAAGAAGCAUUGUUCGUCGCUUGCGAUCCCUUCCUGGAGAAGUGAUGGCAAAAAGACUCUGUCGUCUUCUUCUCUCCCGUUACGUAACAGCUAUCUUUGUAUCAGUUGUUAACAAACUUACAUCACAGCUUCAAGAUGAAAAUGAGGGUAUCCUCUCUCGUGAAUUGUAUGAUGCCUUUAUGGUACCAGAGCUGCUUCGUCUGUUUCGUGUCAGAGAGGCUGCUGUUCGUAUUGCGCUUCUUUCCCAAUUUAGUCGCUUUGCCACCUAUAUUCCUCAUGAUCGUCUUGGAGGUUUUGUAACGGAUGAGGUGCUGCAAGGAUGUCACGAUAGUAAUAGUAGUCUAGUAUCGUCAUCUCUCCGAGCUUUAGCAACCCUCGUAGAUAUUUUGGGAGCAGAAGCAGUUUGUCCAUGGACUACUACGAAGAAGUUUGGUACUGAUUCCCCUCAAAGAAACCGUCCUGCAAAAAAUGUAUUUGGCUUCAAUUUUCUUCGAAUGGAUUCAUCCUCAAGUACAAAUAAGGCAAGGUUGGACGAAUCAGAGAAGCCAGUUCUGGUGCCAACUACCAAUAUCGAAAAGGAUUGGGCAGAAGAUGAUAAGACUGAUUGGAACGACAUUCCUUGGUCUGCCGAGUGGAGAGAGAACAGCGAGUCUGCUUCUGCAGAAAACCGCGAUGUAAGCCCGUCUCCUGAUGUGACGAUUGUUCGUAAGUCCAAGCCUUUGAAACUGCACGCUCCCAUCUCACAGAAAAGUUCCUCUUCUGACUUCAAGAAAGCCAGUGCUAUUGGAAGUGAGUUUGAGAUCAGUGUCGUUCCACAGAAGACGAUUGAAGACGAUCUUUUUGCUGAUCUUACCCCAAAUCUUCCUACUCCCACACCAUUGAUUGAGAGGCUGAAGGCCUUGCAGCAAGCGGCUACUCCUGUAUCUAUUUGUAGCUCGUCUUGA